AUGGGUUGCGCCGACUACUGGACGAUCUCGCUACGGACAAAGUCUUUUUACGAGGUCGACGCGGAAAAAUUUGUUUUCUUCUGGCCGCUCUCGAGCCGCGUUGCGCGGUUCCCGGCCUUCCAGUGCCUUCGCUUCCACCGGAUCUACCUCUUCAUCGCGGUCUUUCUCAUUCAGUUCUUUUGCGGCUCACUCUACGCCAUCUUUGUCAUUGCCAACCCGAUGAACGUCUACUUUGGCUUUGACGCCAACGGCAACGAAGCGACAACGAUGCUGUUUGCUGCCGGCGCAUGCAGCAUCGCGUCGCAAGCUCUCUUAGGGCCACUUCUUGAACGCCAGGGACCACGGCGCAGCAUGACGGUCAGCAUUGGCUUGCUCGCGCUGGGUCUCGUCCUCGCGCAGACGGCGGUGUGGACACGAACGUGGGCGCUUCUGCAUGCCGGAUGCUACCUCCUCGCGAUCGCGUUUGGGGCCAUGACGAUAUCUUCCAUGGCGGCCGCGCUCAAGUGGUGCCCCGAUCUCCGGGGCACCGUCACCGGCUGCUGCAUCUUUGGGUACGGCCUCGGCACGGGUCUUGCGCGGUCGCUCUUGCACGCGCUCCUCAACAACUACCCCAACACGCUUCGCUGGACAUUUGGCAUCUCGUUUGCUGUCGCGAUCCCGCUUCUCUCGAUCGCAACGCUCGUGCUGCGGACGCCGCCAUCGGACUUUAGCGUCCGCGGCCACGACAUGCACUGCAUUCCGCUCGAGACGGCGCCGAACGCCGACAUGGUCCACGACGAGUUCUUACGCGUCGGCAUGACGCUUGUCAACUACAGCGUGGUUGGCGGCAUCGAAGGCACCGACCGACAGUACCACGAGCAAGUGCGCGCACUGACCUUGCCCCAGUGCAUCCUCUCGACCGACUUUGUCUGUCUCUACAUUGCGUUCGCGGCCAACGCCCUCGUCGGCCUCAUCUACAACGACAUGCUUGCGCUGCGCGUCGACCACGAUCUCCUCGUCGAGUGGUGCCGUGUGUCGUCCGCAAAGGCUGCGUCCAUCCGAUUCUACGGCCUCCUCGUCGAUCUCGGCAGCCGCAUGUUCGUCCCGAUGCUCUCGGACGCGUGCAUCCGCCUUUUUUAUGCCAACCCCGCCGUUGUCCGCAAAUUCGUGCUCGUCAUUUUGCUCUUGGUGCCGUGCGUGGCACUGCCGACGGUCUAUUUCCACAGCGCCAACCUCGCCAAGAUUGCGUACAUUGAAGGCCUCCUCUACACCGUCCAGCUGUGCGCGAGCGGCGGCGCGGCCCUCAUCGUGUGCUUUCUUGCCGACAUGUACGGCGUGUACCAUGUCGGCACCAUGUACGGCCUUCUCUCGACCAGCUGGGGUCUCGACCGCGCGCUUCUGGGGCUGGCGCCGCUUAAUGUGCUUCACGACUUGACGAGUCGGCUGGGCCUUGUCUGGUACUGCUCGCUGGCCGGGCUCUUUUUGAUGCUGUUUGUGCGCACGGACUCGAAAGACCGGUUUUACCGCGGCUACCAACUCACUGUGUGCGGCAAAGUGCUCGUGCAACGGCCGGCGCGGCGGCAGGUUUCGGACGACCUCAAGAUCGGUAUGAUGGGUGUCUCGUCGGACCCGCCACCGCAGUCGUUUUUCCUCUGGGACUCGGCGCGCCAUAGUCUUAGCGACGACGACGUGCUUUUACCAACACCGCGGCUGUAA